AUGGAUGUCAAUCAGGUGUUGGCCAGCACCCUCUCUGCCGAGCAGCAGCUACUUCACGCCGCAGAGGUCGACUUUGCCGGAUACCUUACAACCUUAGCUGGUGAGCUUGCCAACGAAAAUGCAGCCUCGUCGAUCCGAACAGCCGCCGGUCUCGCACUGAAGAACGCCUUUUCCUUCCGAGAUAUUGCCCGUCUGAGAGAGGUACAGGGGCGAUGGGCACACGGCGUCGACCAGCAGGUCAAGAAGAACGUCAAGGAGCUGGCUUUGAAGACGCUGGGCGCAUCUGAUGCCCGAGCCGGCCAGUCGGCCGGUCAGUUCAUAGCCUCCAUCGCGGCGAUAGAGCUGCCCCGCAAUGAAUGGCAGGACCUUAUGAACCUGCUCGUCCAGAACAUCAGCACAGGAUCAGAUCAUCUCAAACAGGCGUCCCUGACCACGAUCGGCUUCAUCUGCGAGUCCGAAGAGCCCGAUCUCCGUGAGAGCCUCAACGCACACUCCAACGCCAUCCUCACGGCCGUCGUGCAGGGAGCGCGACGGGAAGAACAGAACCCGGACGUCCGAAAUGCUGCCAUCUCUGCGCUCAGUGAUGCUAUCGAGUUCGUGCGCACGAAUUUCGAGAAUGAAGGCGAACGGAACUAUAUCAUGCAGGUUGUCUGCGAGGCUACACAGGCGGAGGAUACACGGAUACAGGCCGGUGCUUUCGGCUGCUUGAAUAGGAUUAUGGGCAUUUAUUAUGAUAAGAUGCGCUUUUACAUGGAGAAGGCGCUGUUUGGAUUAACGAUUAUGGGUAUGAAGAGUGACGAAGAAGACGUGGCCAAGCUCGCUAUUGAAUUCUGGUGUACCGUUUGCGAGGAGGAGCUUUCCAUUGAUGAUGAUAAUAAUGUGGCACAAGCCGAAGGAUCGACAGAGGUCCGGCCAUUCUUCAGUUUCGCCCGCAUCGCCUGCCGAGAGGUCGUCCCCGUCCUCUUGCAGCUAAUGACCACCCAAGAUGAAGAUGCCAGUGACGAUGACUACGACGUUUCCCGCGCCGCCUACCAGGCUCUGCAGCUGUAUGCCCAGACCGUGCAGGCCGAGCUCGUCGGGCCUGUUCUUGAGUUCGUCGAGCAAAACCUGCGCAGCGAAGACUGGCAUCACCGUGACGCUGCCGUCUCUGCCUUCGGUGCCAUAAUGGACGGCCCAGAGCAUGAAACUCUCGUCCCCCUUGUCCGCCAAGCGCUGCCAGUUAUGAUCACCAUGAUGGAAGAUAAGGUCGUUCACGUUAGGGACUCGACUGCUUAUGCCCUUGGUCGGAUUUGCGACUACUGCUCCGGCGCCAUCGAGGUUAACGUGCACUUGCACCCUCUAAUUUCAUGCCUCUUUAACGGUCUGGCUAGCAGCCCCAAGAUUGCCGGAUCUUGCUGCUGGGCUUUGAUGAACCUUGCGGAUCGGUUUGCCGGUGACGCUGGUGCGCAGACUAACCCCCUGAGCAAGCAUUUCCAGGAUAGCGUUACUUCGCUUUUAUCCGUUACUGAGAGAGCCGAUGCGGACAAUCAACUACGUACCGCUGCAUAUGAAGUGCUAAACUCCUUUGUGACCAACGCAGCUAAUGACUCGCUACCAAUAAUCGCUACCCUGUCCGAUGUUGUCAUUCGGAGAUUAGAGCAGACUGUGCCAAUGCAACAGCAAGUUGUCAGCGUCGAAGAUCGUAUCACCUUGGAAGAGCUGCAGACCAGCUUGACCAGUGUCCUCUUGGCCAUCGUCCAACGCUUGGAAGCUGAAAUCAAACCACAAGCUGACCGCAUCAUGACUGUCCUCCUUCAGGUGCUGACUACCAUCCCACCGAAGUCCAGUGUGCCUGAUACCGUUUUCGCAACUGUUGGUUCCCUUGCCAGCUCUCUGGAGGCCGACUUUAUCAAGUACAUGGAGCCAUUCAGCCCAUUCCUCUACAACGCUCUCGCAAACCAGGAAGAGCCCGGUCUCUGCGCCAUGGCCAUCGGUCUAGUGAGCGACAUCACCCGCUCUCUAGGAGACAAAGUCCAGCCAUUCUGUGACGCGUUCAUGAACCACCUCCUCAACAACCUCCGGAGCAACAGCUUGUCCAACCAGCUUAAGCCCGCCAUCCUCGAAACAUUCGGCGACAUCGCACAGGCCAUUGGCUCACACUUUGAAACCUACCUCUCAGUCGUUGCACAGGUCCUUCAACAGGCCUCUGCCGUCACUGCUAGUAGCGAUGUUUCCUACGACAUGAUCGACUACAUCGUGUCCCUGCGCGAAGGAAUCAUGGACGCUUGGGGUGGCAUCCUACUUGCGUACAAGGGUGCCCCCAAUGUCAAUGUUCUUCAGCCGUAUGUCGAAUCGAUCUUCCAGCUCCUCCACCUCGUGGCACAAGAACACUCUCGCAGUGAAGGCUUGCUACGCGCCAGUAUGGGUGUCAUCGGUGAUCUGGCCGAGGCGUUCCCCAAUGGUGAAUACGCAUCGUUCUUCCGCAAUGAUUUCAUAUCCUCGUUGAUAAGAGAAGCCCGAACAAGCCGCGAGUACGGACCACAGACUAUCGAGACUGCUCGUUGGGCAAGGGGACAAGUCAAGCGCCAAAUCGGCCUUGCUACUGCUGCAUCGAUGUCCUAA